AUGGAUGCUCAGUACCCUUUUGCGUCGCGGGAAGACAUCUGGCGCGUAUUUGAGGAAGUCAAGGAUCUCUACGCUACGCAAAUCGAACACGGGGAGCGGAUUGCCAGAUUGGAACGCCGCAAGGAGGACGAUGCGAGAUUGAAAAGUGUCUGGGGUCCUUUGUCUCCUUUCCCGAGCAGCGUUGCGGGCGUCAUACCUCCCGUUGAAACUCCUUUCAACCCAGCUGCUGAAGCGUUUCGCGGCUUCGAUCAAGGACACCAGCCAGGUCUCGUCAGCGCUAUGGCAUUGGAUGGGGAGGAUGAACCUAGAAGAGGAGCCUCAAGAGCGAACAGUGUUCGAUUCGAUGAGAGUGCCAUACAUGGAUACUAUGGGCAGGUGAAUCGAUCGAGUAGCGAGCUUCCCUUGAGGACGAGCAGUGGCAUGAGCGGCCAUCCUCUGACCGAACGAUCCUUAUCGCAUAGGUCAGACGGCAGACAGAGCUCAUCUGGUCAGUCACAUCAUUCAGCCAGAACCAACAGUCUUGGCCUCGAUACCAGCAGGCUGAUGGGUUCCGCAAGCGGGUCCCCUUCGACUGCUAUGACACCUCCCCCCGGGCUUUUCAUACUGGGCCCUGUGCCUUGCAUCAUCCGCUGCUGGCUAACAACAAACUUUUCCAAUGAUUCUCUGCUCUAUGCCGCUGUUUGCUCUGGAUCAUAUACUUCCUUUCUUUGUUAUCCCAUGAUCGAGAGGCUCGGCCUGGAGGAUCUCAUCAUCCAAGAUGGCGACCUACGUUGCAUAAAACUGCCAGUAUAUCUUCCGGAAGCCAGUGUUCAUCAGACAUCCUCUCGUGCUGGUAGCCCUACUCCGCAGCUUCCAUCCUUGACAAUUCGCUUCCUUAUCCGCGAGAUCGACCCCACCGACAAAGGAAUCCAGAUCUUUCUCGGAAGCGACAUCCUUCGUUCCCACAAUGCUGAUAUCAUGUUCUCUCAGGACAAGAUCCUCAUGGUGGAUGACGAAAGGAACAAGAUAUCUAUCCCUCUUGUUAGGCCUGAGAAUGAUUCAGUUUUCAAUUGUUUGACAACUGUCGCGGACAAAUCUUGGCAUGAGGGCGCAGGACGACGUGACACGAAUGGGCACUACCAUGCCAAUGGGAGUGUAGUGGGAGCGGUUAGCCGUCCUGCUUCGGCUACACUGCAGGAGAACUUGUCUGAAGCAGCAAUAGCACCGGUUUCGAAAGAGACCUAUGAGGUUGGCCCCAAAUCUAGUUCUUCACAUUCGCAUGAGCCGCCAGAAGACGCAAGCCUGCAACAGACGCAUCCAAAGUCUGCCGCAGGGAAUGACUCCUCGCUCGAUGCGCAGUGCAGACCAGAGAAUACAAGCGUCUGGAGUUCUUGGAGACGUGACUCAAAGACAGACGCUAAUGCUAUCGGAAUGUCCAAGUCAACGCGUGGCCGCGCAAUGAAAGUUCUGCGGCCUUCUAAAUCUUCUUCUUCGAACCGUGCUGUAUCCACGCCUACCGCGGGCUCUAGCUCUGAGAAUACGAAUCCCAAUCCUCCUGAAAAUCGUCGACCAAGCCAGCCGGCAUCUGCUGGCUCGCCCGAGAUUUUCCAACCGACCCCGAGUCGGUCGGCCAGUACCAAGUCCGGAGAUGGACCAUGGCCGACGAAAACUCGAUCUCUUAACCCAGUUGGAGGCGCUUCUGCGUUCGGAUGGCUUAAUUCCCAGCAACCCAAGUAG